CCAGCCAGUCUGACCCCGAUAGGAGGGAGCCAAGUGAAGAGCCAGCCAGUCUGACCCAUGAUUCUUGACAUGACUCAUGGUGAACUAAAAUUGCUUGCAAAGCAUCUGGGACAUGAUGUGAAGACCCACAAGGAAUAUUAUCAGUUGUCUUCCAGUACCAUGGAACUCUCAAAGGUUGCCCUGAUGUUGUAUGCUGUUGAAAAUGGUAAAGUCAAUGAGUGGAAGGGAAGGCAGAUGAAGGACAUAGUAGUAGAAGAUUUACCUCUUCCAAUUGAAGACGAAGAUGGCCAUCAAGAAGAGUCCAUGUCAACUGCUGACAGUGAAGAGCCAGGCAGUCUGACCAAUGAUAGGAGGGAGCCAAGUGAAGAGCCAGCCAGUCUGACCCAUGAUAGGAGGGAGCCAAGUGAAGAGCCAGCCAGUCUGACCCAUGAGUCCAUGUCAACUGCUGACAGUGAAGGGCCAGCCAGUCUGACCCAUGAUGAAAUGAGGCAGCCAAAUCCUCAAGGGACAGGGACAAGAAAAGGAAUGAAACGAAAGUGGGCCAGCGAAGAGAACAUAUGUUUCAUGAACUUUUUUAGAGAUGAAUUAAGAGAAAAAAAAUGCCAUCUGGCUCAAAAAUAAUGGGGUCCCUAAAAAUACUUACCUGAAGAACAGUGGCCCAGAUAAGGGCAAGGGUCCAUAACAUUAUUAUGGAAAAACAAAAAUGGAAAAAGAAUUGUUGAAUUGUGGAAUAUGUUUAUGCCCCUGGUAGGGUGGCAUAUAGCAGUUGAACUGUCCGUCAGUCAGUCAGUCUGUCCAUCUGGCCGAAAACUUAAAUGGCCAUAACUUUUUCAAUAUUGAACAUAGCAACUUGAUAUUUAUACCCCUAUUACAAUUGGUAAUGGGGGCUAUAUAGGAGUCACGUUUGUCGGUCUGUCCCGAUAUUUCAUCCGAUCUUCACCAAACUUGGUCAGUAGUUGUAUGUAGAUAAUGUCUAGGUCAAGUUUGAAUAUGGAUCAUGCCAGGUCAAAAACUAGGUCAUGGGGUCACUUAGUAUGUUUUAAACUGUAAGUUUGUACGGACCAUAGCUAUGUUAUUUAUCGUUACAUUUUUAAAUGACUCGGUACAUUUGUUCACCAUCAUGGAACGGUGUGUCGUGUUAAAAAAAAUUACGUCAAUAUCUCAAAGGUCAAGGUCACACUUGAGAGUUCAAAGGUCAAAUGCUUGGCCGGGCCAUAGCUUUGUUUUUUAUUGUGAGAUUUUAAAAUCAUUUGGCACAUUUGUUCACCAUCAUUGAACAGUGUGUCGGGCGAAAGAAUUACGUCGAUAUUUCCAAGAACAAGGGCACAAUUUGAGUUUAAAGGUAAAAAAUGGCCAUAAUUGAGCUUGUCUGGGCAAUAACUAUGUUGUUUAUUGUGCGAUUUUAAAAUCGUUGGCUCUUUUGUUCACCAUCAUUUGACAGUGUGUCGCGCGAAAGAAUUACGUCGAUAUCUUCAAACUCAAGUUCGUAGUUUUAGUUCAAAGGUCAAAAAUGGCAAUAAAUUAUCUUGUCUGGGCCAUAAAUAUGUCAUUCAUUGUAAGAUUUUAAAAUGACUCUGUACAUCAAUUUUGUUCAAAGUCAUUGGAAGGCUUGUCAUGUGAAACAAUUCAAGAGUUCAAAGGUCAAAAUGGCUAUAAAUGAUAAUGGCAUAAUGAUUCUUAAAAAAUCGCCAUAAAUUGUAUUAUCUUGUUUUGUGAAGACAGCAUACAAAAUAGUCUGUGUCAAUGCGUUAUGUGGGGGUAUAUGUCACGUCUGUGACAAAGCUCCAGUUGGCAUGCAUGUGCAUCUUGUGAAGCUGCACAUAUUGAGUGGUGAAAAGUGAAGGUCAAGGUAAUCCUUCAAGGUUAAAUGUUAAAUAUAUUGCUUCUGUCCGUCCGUCUGAAAACUUUAAAAUUGGCCAUAACUUUUGAGCUCACCUGAGUGCAACAUGCUCAUGGUGAGCUUUUGUGAUUGCCUUUUGUCCGUUGUGCGUUGUAUGUCGUCAACAUUUUGCCUUGUGAACACUCUAGAUGCCACAUUUAUUGUCUGAUCUUCAUGAAAUUUUGCAGAACAUUUGUCACAUUGAUACCUCGACUGAGUUCGAAACUGGGUCAUGCUGGGUCAAAAAUUAGGUCACUAGGUCAAAAAAAAAACAAAAAAACUUGUGAACACUGUAGAAGUCCAAUCUUCAUGUAACUUUGUCAAAAUGUUUGUCUAAGUGAUAUUUUGGUUGAGUUAAAAAUUGGUUCCGGUCCGUUGAAAAACAUGGCCGCCAGGGGCGGGGCAGUUUUCCUUAUAUGGCUAUAGAGAAACCUUGUGAACACUUUAGAAGUCAAAAUGUUUGCCUAAUCAUCAUGAAACUUGGUCAAAACAUUGGUUUUAUUUAUAUUUUGGACGAGUUCGAAAAUGGUCCAGAUCAGUGAAAAAACAUGGCCGCCAAGGGGCGGGGGAGUUUUCCUUAUGUCUUUAGUUAAACAUUGCUAACACUCUAGAGGCCACAUUUAUUGUCCAUUCUUCAUGAAAUUUGGUCAGAAGUUUGGUCUCAAUGAUAUCUUAGACGAGCUGAAAAUGGUUACGUUUGCUUGAAAAACAUGGCUGCCAAAGGGCGGGGCAUUUUUCCUUAUAUGGCUAUAUAUGGCUAUAGUAAAACGUUGUGAACACUCUAGAGGCCACAUUUAUUGUCCAAUCUUCAUGAAAUUUGGUCAGAAUAUUUGUCUCAUUAAUAUCUUGGAUGGGUUUGAAAAUGGUUAUGUUUGCUUGAAAAACAUGGCUGCCAAGGGGCGGGGCAUUUUUCCUUAUAAAAAUGGCUAUUGUAAAAUCUUGUUAACACUCUUGAGGCCACAUUUAUUUUCCGAUCUUCAUGAAACUUGGUCAGAAUAUUCAUCCCAUAUAAUAUCGUAGACAAGUUAAAAAAUGAUGCUGGUUGGUUGAAAAACAUGUCCGCCAGGGGGUGGGGCAUUUUACCUAAUAUGGCUAUAGUAAAACUUUGUUAACACUCUAUAGGCCACAUUUAUUUUCUUAUCUUCAUGAAACUUGGUCAGAAGAUUUGUCCUAAUGAUAUCUUGGAUUAGUUCAAAAAUAGUUUUGUUUGCUUAAAAAACAUGGCCACCAGGGGGCGGGGCAUUUUUCCUAAUAUGGUUAUGUAUCAUGCUUUACUAAAACAUUGUUAACACUCUGUAGGCCACAUUUAUUUUCCGAUUAUUAUGAAACUUGGUCAGAUGAUUUGUCCAAAUGAUAUCUUGGAUGAGUUCAAAAAUGGUUCUAGUUGGUGAAAAAACAUGGCCACUAAGGGGCGUGGCAUUUUUCCUUAUAUGGCUAAAGUAAAACCCUGUUAAAACUCUAGAAGCCAUAUUUAUUGUACGAUCAUCAUGACACUUUGUCAGAAGAUUUGUCCCAAUGAUAUUUGGACAAGUUUGAAAUUGGUUCCAGUUGCUAAGAAAAACAUGGCCACCAGUGGGCGGGGCAUUUUUCCUUAUAUGGACUUAUGAAUCUUCUUGAAACUUUGUCAGUAUAUUAGUUUAAAUGAUAUCUUGGAUGUGUAUUUCACGUUGACAUUUGAAGCUUUAACUUUGUAUGAUUCUAAAUAUGUGUCAAUGCUGUCAGUUGAAUUUUGCAAUAUGAAGUUUUACAUUUUUUGUAGAUUAAAUAAUUUGUAAAAUGUU